AUGGAAGACGAUUUUAUGUAUAAUGAAAACGAGGUAAAAUUUCUGCAAGUUUGGGAUCAAAUUCGUAAUCAGAUUGAGAGUAAUCAAUGUAGAACAAGUGAACUGGCGAGUGAACUUGAAACGCUAAAUAAUUAUUCACAGCUGGCAAAAAAGAGCUGUAAACCUGAAAAUCGUGAGAUAUACAAUGCUCUAUAUUGUGUGCUUCGUGAGGAAUUGGUCAGCAGAAAUAACCUUUGGAAUGGUACAAAAUGCAUCGAUGUGUCACAUACUUUCGGUGACUCGGGAUUAGGCACACUUUAUUCCUCAGUAGAAGCUGAGAAUUUGGAAUAUGAAUUGGCGUCUGUUCUUCAUAAUAAAACUUCAAAGUGUUCAAAAAAGUUGUUGAAACGGAGGCCACAAAAAAUACUACUACCAAAUUUAGCUAUUGAUGAGGAAAGAGUUUGGAAUAAAAAAGUAGCAGACACGAGGGAAUACAACACUCCAUAUCGUUAUUUUAUUACAGCAUUGAUUUGUGGCAUAGUGUGUGUGAUUACCCUGACACCGCAUCGUGUUUUUCCUUGGUUUGUGACUUGGACAACAUUUACUUCACCACCACCGAUGUGA